AUGAGGCCUUUUCAAUCGCUCGUCCCGCAGCUCCGCUGUGUCGUACUUUCGCCUCCGGUCCCACGAUGCGCCUAUCGACACAAUUUCCGGAGUAAAUUCGGAUUACGCAACUAUUCUACAACCAAGCAAACGUCUUCGUCUCCAAAACCAACCCCGUCAAAAACAGCACCGCCUAAACAAGCUGCCAAAGCCAAUGUUGCUCCAAGGAAACCUGUCAAGCCUGUCGCAGCAAAACCCGCCGUCAAAUAUUCCCCAUCCCAGACUUGGAAGCCGACUGCUCAAAAGGCUGCGCCGGAAAAUGUCCUCAUAUAUCACGCUGGAACAGGCAGGAUAGUAUUCCUCGGCAUGUUGCGUACGGCAACCAUAUUCGUCGCGGGCGUUUCUGCCAUGAUCAUUGCGCCGGCCUUUUUCGCCGAUGAAUUUCCUUCCUAUCUUGCACCACUAAUUGUCGUUGGCGGCGCACUCCCACUUAUAUUCGUCGCAUAUACCACAGCCCCCUUUGUGAACAACAUCUACAUUCACCUGCCCGUCUUUGCACGAAAAUCUCGUGAAGCAGCGCUAGAAUAUGUCAAAAGUCUCCCACCGACCGCCACACUAUCAAUUCGAACGAUGAAAAUCACCACCAUCCCGCGCACGACAGAGGAAUACGUAUUCGCUGGGUUGGGGGACAUUGAAACAGUUCUAUACAUCGCCUACGAGUAA